AUGGUACUACGGUCCAUGAUCGCAGGCGGCCUUGCUCUCCUCCACUUGCUCCUCGUGCUCCUGUCCGCCUCCGCCUCCGCCUCCGAGCUGCCACCGGCGGCGGCCGCCGUGCGAGUCGGCGUGGUGCUAGACCUGACGAGCGAGGCGGGGAGGAAGAGCCUCACCUGCAUCUCCAUGGCAUUAGACAACUUCUAUUCUGCCCAUGCCAACUCCAGCCGGCGGGUGCACCUGCUCGUGGGGGACACGCGUGGAGAUGUCGCCGCAGCACACGCUGGUAAGGCCGGCUUUAUCUUCUUCUUUUUUAACGCUAAAAAUGGCAGGAGGGAAACCAGACCUGCAUGGAAAACCGACACAAACCCAAAUACAGCAGUACAGAAGAUAAUUACACAUAAAUACACAUAA